CGGGGUCAUAUGAGCGUCUCCGGCGGUUCUGGUGGACAGACGGCUUCGGGGGGGACACUAGGACGACGUGCCCCCGCCUUACAGCAGCUCCCUGCCGCCAUGAACGGAGGGACGUUCCCGCAGUGAGUGGCACACGGACGGUGAAGCGGCUGAGGUGGCCAAACAAAUCACAUGGCUUCAAUCGCCCAGUAAAGUCGUGAAGCUGCUUUCCUUGCUGCUGUUGCUGAAGCUCUGCCACAGUCCUUUGGUCACGGCUAGCAAAGACCUCCUCUGGCCUGACCCGGCUCACUGCAGCCACGAUGUCCAAGUCCUCGCUCUUCAAAGUGAUCCUCCUGGGGGAUGGUGGCGUGGGGAAGUCUUCACUCAUGAACCGCUACGUCACCAACAAGUUCGACUCGCACCUUUUUCACACGAUAGGCGUGGAGUUCCUCAACAAGGAGCUGGAGGUGGACGGGCAACGCAUCACCCUGCAGAUAUGGGACACGGCAGGUCAGGAGCGCUUCCGCAGCCUCCGUACACCUUUCUACCGUGGCUCCGACUGCUGCCUGCUCACCUUCAGUGUGGACGAUGGCCAGAGCUUCCACAACUUGUCCAACUGGAAAAAGGAAUUCACUUAUUACGCUGACGUGAAGGACCCGGACAGCUUCCCCUUUGUGGUCCUGGGCAACAAACUGGAUGUGCCUGAGCGGCAGGUUUCAGGGGAGGAUGCCCGGCAGUGGUGCCGGGAGAACGGCGGGCAUCCGUACUUUGAGACAAGCGCCAAGGAUGCUACAAACGUAGCAUCAGCCUUUGAGGAGGCGGUACGUCGCAUUCUGGCUUUGGACAACAGAGCUGAUCACCUCAUCCACACCAACACAGUGAACCUACAGACCAAGAAGAGCCACCGCGACCCCACCUGCUGCUGAGUUCAGUGACUCACGUUGACUGUGGUUUGAGUUCUCAAAAAGAGGAACUGGCAUCCGCUCAGCACGUGUAUGACGACACCACCAGUGGUCCAAAGACAUAAUGCGUUUAAGCAGUUAUUGCACUCUGCGAUUGCCAGAUGACUGAAAUUGAAUGCAGGUUUAUCUGCUUAAAUGCAUUUUCUCCCACAGUUUGAGGUCCAGCAAAUGGUGCCUAUUUGAGAUUAUCUGGAAGUGUGAACAAAGUGUUGUGGUAAGUUUUACCCACAAAAACAAGUUGGGAGUUUUCACAGAUGAAUUACUGUAACACUGUGUGGUAAUGAUGACUGAAACACGAGCUAAUUGAGGGAUUACGGUUUUACCACCUAUGGAAAACCCAGUUCACCAUUGUUACUUUUUUUUUUCUUCUUGUUUAGGUACCUUUUUUUUUUCUUUGGUGCAGAUUAUAUUUUUAGUUUAAACUUGUUUUUUUGUUGAUAUUUAUAGGUCCCAUCACAAUGCAAAAUUCAAAUGAGUAAAACCGCACUGUUUUGAAAUGAUCUCCUAACACUUUUCCCCACUGGAAAUAAAAUUGUGACCGAGCAUGAAAGUGGAGACAAAUCA